CUUCACCCACUUUGACGCCGCACCUUCAUCGUCGCCCACCGCCGUCUACCCCGUCCACUCGCUUGGCUCCAGCUUCGCAACCUCCGCCCGUGGUCUUCUCUGCAAAUCGCAUCUCACGCGACAGAGCUUGGUGGAGGUGGUGGCCAGACUUCCGCGACAGCUACACCCGCGCAACACCCCGUGGAUGCGCUCCAACGACGACCCAAAUGCCUGCGGCACGCCCCAGGGCCUCGUUUGAGCCCAUUCCGCCGGAUUUCGACGUGCGCACGUUCGUCGAGACGGCGGAUAACUUUCGAUAUGCAGAUCGCAUUUCAUACGAGAUGAUCGCCAACAAUGGCUUGGAGCAGUUCGAGAAGCUGGUGCUACUGCACGUAAUAAUAGGAGGGAAGCCGCUGGUCAUCGACGGAUUUGAGGAGGUUUUGGAUCCCUGGACAUUCACGCCGUCCUGGCUUCGAGACAACCACGGGGACAAAGUGGAGCAAGCGCGCAACCUGACCACGAAGGAGAACAUUCCGCUCACGAUCAAGCACUACCUCAAGCAUAUGGGGAAGCUCACCGACCAGUUCUUCGAUGCGCCGGAGCGAUACCGGGACAAGACGCGCCAGCGCAUAUACCUAAAGGACAUCGAUUGUCCCCCGGUUUGGCAGGACAAGCUGAGAGAGCACAUCCCGCAGGCUUUAUUCUAUCUGAACGAGAGCACCGGCGAGAUCGGUGGACCUGGAGCACUCGAUGAGGAUCGCGUUCGCAAGGGUCGCGGAAUCGGACGCGCCGGCGAUCUCAUGAGCAGCCUCCCGCCUGAGAUGCGGGCGGAGAAUCUCAUGUGCUACAUUGGGCACGAGGGCACCUAUACCCCCGCACAUCGAGAAAUGUGCGCUUCCCUUGGGCAGAACAUCAUGGUCAAUGCUUCUGCUCAGAUUAGCGAGGAUGGAAAGCCGGAGCGGCCUGGGUCGUCCAUCUGGUUCAUGACCGAGACCAAGGAUCGGCAUCUCGUCUCCGAAUACUGGCUGUCCGUAUUGGGCCACGACAUCGAGGUCGAGAACCACUUUGCCCAGCUUAUUGCAUGGAAGAAGGCUCCUUUCCACACCUACGUGGUGGAACAGAGGCCUGGGGACUUCAUUCUGAUCCCACCGUUGGCACCGCACCAAGUCUGGAAUCGCGGUACUCGCACGAUGAAGAUCGCUUGGAAUAGAACCACCGUUGAGACGCUCGAGCUCGCACUGACAGAAGCCCUACCUAACUCCCGCGUGGUUUGCCGUGACGAACAGUACAAGAACAAGGCCAUUGUCUACUACACCCUGCUCAAGUAUUCCAACCUGAUCAAGUCGGCCCGGGCACAGGUCGAAAUGGGCGGGGAACAGGCAGAAGCUAUUCAGCGCUCCGUUAAAGUCCGCCAAGUGCAACGAGACUUCAAGAGGCUCUUUGAUCUCUACAAGAGCAUCUUGCUGUCUGAGAUGUUUGCGCCCGACUCACGAGAACACGCUGAGUUCGUUCCAUACGACAGCAACGUCACAUGUGCCUACUGCAGGUGUAAUAUCUUCAAUCGUUUUUUGACCUGCAAAUCGUGCAAGAAUCUAUUCAGCUCCGAGAUCGAGGAGCCGUAUGACGUCUGCAUGGAUUGCUACUGCAUGGGUCGAAGCUGCGGUUGCCAAUCCGGAUAUACAUGGGUCGAGCAGUGGAAAUGGAAAGACUUAAUCCACAAGUACGAAGAGUGGCGCGCACAGAUUAUCGACAUCGAUGGACACAUGACUGAAAAGACGCCGCUUCCGCUUCAGGAAGAGCGAAGGUACUUGGGAAAGAAGACACUUGCUCAGGUCUGUCAAGAACAGCUCAAAGUGCGACCUAUUGUCGACGUCAAGAACCCGAAGCCUGACAACGACGAAUCAGAAUCAGAAGACGUCCAGGUUGAUGAAUAUGGUAUGGUCAGAAAGUCUGUCAAGAAGAAGUCAAAGCAGUGGCUUCGGGAUCACAAGUCGUGCCAUUUCUGUCUGCACCGCCACCCCAAGUGGAAAAUGGCCUUUUGCUCUAACUGCGAUUUGGCCUACUGCUACGGCACGCUUUUCCGAGCCCACGACAUGAUGCCACUCUCCGUUAUGGAGAAUCAUAACUGGAGGUGUCCGCACUGUAGGAGGGUCUGCAACACCGGAGCUUGUAGACGCGACCCGCGCCAGCACCCCUACGAACCGAAAGGCACCCUCUUAGGACACGAUACCAAGAAAGUCGCGGAUCCGCGAUCAGUCGAGUGCCUCGUGGAUUUCAGCAUAUCGAAUCUUAACUGGUUACGCGAGGAUGAGGGAGGCCAGACCGCGAUACAACGCCGGCACGAAGAGGCGGAGCGCGCCAAGUUGGCCGAUCCGUCCUUGGAUGACCGCUACAUGGAUGAGAGCCAUGACCAUGACCACAAUGGAAUAGCCUACUCUCCAGUGAAUGGGAAUGGCGGGUUUGAGGAUCACGCCGCCAAUGGCACAGGUGGGGACGGCUAUGUUGCACCUGCCGCAGUAAUGCAGAACGACGGUUUCGAGCCGUUCUACCCCGAUCCUGAUCCGAAUGGCGAGAUUCCUCGACUAGGCAAGCGAAAUCGGGAUGGCGAGGAAGACGACGAGGGCAACAGCCGGCGCAAGAAGAAGAAGAAACAGAAAAAGAGCAAAGACGACACUGCGCAACCCCUCCAGCCCAAGGACGCUGCUGGAAAACACUACCAGAAGGAAGUGCAGAGGAAGUUGCUUGACGAGGCUAAACGGGAGGAUCGCUUUAUUCUGGUUGCGGCUAGAAUGAAGGGCAAGUCUAAGGUUGUCAAAUUGUCUCUGAGUCCGGAUCUUCUGGAGGCACUGCGGGGAAGACCAUUACCGGAGCGGUCUCAACCAGAACGGCAAAGGGAAUCAAGCGAAGAGGUGGGCGACCUGCGCUCAAUUCUACAAUCCGAUAUCUUGCCUGUGAACAGCGCCGCUAGCAAGGCGAAUGAGAAAGAGAAAGGGCCCAAAACCUUCCGUUAUCGUGUGGACCAGGACGAGAACUACAGCACAAAAAAGCGGAACUCUGAGAUUAGCGGUCCAAAACAAGGUCCUGGUAGACCAGCUCGCAGUAGCCGACGCUACGAGGAGAUUACUGUCGAUUCAGAUGAAGAGUUCAGUGAGGAUGAGAUGGUCGAAUAUGCUGGACCAGCCGCUAGUCGUCCGAGAGGACGCGCUUCAAAUUGGCUGGCUCGCAAGAAUGAGGGCGAGGAAGAUCUACCCACCGAGCUCCCGCCGAACUUCAAGGACGGAGACGUCCGUCCGAAUCGUGAGAAGAAUCGCGAGCGCACCCGGGAACAGAACGAGCGUAGGAAGACGAUGCCAGCUAAACCGAAACCGCAGAUUCGACCAUCCGGUCGACCACCAGGCCGACCACGGAAGAGCACCGGGAACAUGUCAGAUGAAGACGGCGUCCACGAUGACGAUGAUCAAUCCAAUUCGGCCGUGUUGUUGGCGCAGUCUGCAGCUGCGGCUCUAGAGGCUCAGCGAAAGGCUGAAGAGGAAGAGCGACGUGCUGAAGCAGCUGCGAAGGAAGCGGAAGAGAAUUUACGCGCAAAGAUGCAAAUUGAAGAGUAUCUCGAAGGAUCGGAGGACGAGUCUUUUAACGGCUUCAUUGACAGCCUUGCUGCACAAGACGAGCCGUUAUUCAAUGAGAGGGAAGCGUCUCUGAAGGAGUCCCUUGCCCCAACUCGCACGGGUCCUCCGCAGUCCGGAAACUCAAUCUUCACUAAACCGGGUAUGACAGGCAAGAAGAUCAAGAUAGUGUCCGCCGCUUCUAAGCGUAAUGGUGAAGGGCCUUCCACGACCACGACGACCAAGACAACCACCAUCAUGGCGCCUGUGUCUAGCUUCAUUAGUGUGAACAAGAAGUCGAAAGCUGUUUACCUUUCGGAUGACUUAUCGGAUAGCGAGGACGAGAUUCCGGCGAAGGCACCUGCACCGAAGACUCCUUUGGGGCGACCGGCUGGAAGGCCUUCGAUGGUUCCGACGCGAGGUUCUAGCUCUGGAAAGAGGGGUCGUGGGCGUCCUCGCAGGACGCUUUAAGUGGGAGAUGCGGGCGUUCUUCAUCGGAUGGGCGUCUGGAUGGCUAGAUACCUUUCUUGUCAUUGAGCAGUAGCUUUCGCUGCGAUUGGUGAUUUGGUUUUGCAUCAGGAUGACAGCUGUCUAUUAGUAUUCUAGGGCCUUUGUCCGAAAAACCCGUUUGCAUAGUUCGACUUCUCUUCUUCCAUCCCUCCGUUGCUUACGUAGGUAUGCGGACUGCAAUGUAUUGAU